GGAGGCAAUGCCCUUGUAAGGCCCAGUUGGAGGUCAGCAGAGACACAGGCAGAGAGAAGGAAGGGAAGGAGAGAGAUCAGGAAGGAGGCAGCAAGGACCACCGUCAAGAGCAUGAAAUCCCUUCUGGCUUCCCGUAUCAGUUCUCUCCGGUUCCUCUCCACCUCCGCCCCUCGGACAUUGAAAAACAAGGUCCCAGAAUACCAGAAGCUCUUCCAGGAGGACAACGGGCUGCCUGUGCAUCUCAAAGGAGGCAACAUCGACGCCAUGAUGUACCGUGGAACCAUGAUCCUCAGUGUCUUUGGUGUCGGCCUCACGCUCUUUGUCCUCUUCCAAGCUGCUUCUCCGAAGAAGAACAAAUGAGAAUAAAGAUUUAAGGGGGGGGGAGAGACUUAGAAGUCCCGUCCCCCCCACCAACCACCAAUACCUGUUCCAUCCCUUGGUUCCCCCAGAGCGCGAGAGAGAAGGACGAUCGCCUUGUUUUCUGGGGCGGAAGAAUUACCAAACCUGUCGAUUCCUAGGAACUUUCCUUCAGGAUGGCAAUGAGCAAAUGAAGUUGUUCAGAGACAUAAACAAGCAAAUGAAUAAAAUGAAUUAAAAGAAA